GUAAUCGUAAUCAUGAGAGUGAGUACGAUCGCAAUCAACGACUUGAAGUUGACCUAUACCCUUUGAGCAAUUACUACUUUGGCGCCAAACACUCUAUUCCUUUCAAGGAUGAAACCCUAGCUGAUCGCUUUUCCAGGAUGAAAUCCAACUAUGCUGCUCGUGGAAUCCGUAAUUGCGUGGAAGCUGUCAUUCUGGUUGAGUUGUUCAAACAUCCACAUUUGCUGCUGUUGCAAGUCAAGAAUUCCUUCUUUAAACUACCUGGUGGUCGCUUAAGACCAGGUGAAUCAGAUAUUGAUGGAUUGAGGCGUAAGCUGGUAAGGAAGCUAUCUGUUAAUGAAGAUGACAAUGGGACUGAAUGGGAGGUGGGUGAGUGCCUUGGAAUGUGGUGGAGAGCUGAAUUCGAAACAUUAUUGUAUCCCUACCUGCCACCUAAUGUGAGAAAACCUAAGGAGUGUACGAAACUUUUUCUUGUGAAGCUGCCGGAGAGUCGAAAAUUCAUUGUGCCAAAGAACCUAAAGUUGCUUGCAGUUCCAUUGUGCCAAAUUCAUGAAAACCAAAAGAGAUAUGGGCAAGUGAUAUCAGCGGUCCCUCAGCUGCUUUCAAAGUUCUCCUUCAACAUGAUUGAAUCCUAAGUCAUUGGCAUGAUGCAACCUUCGGUAGCUGAACAUGGCCUUGACGACUUGUA